AGGAACCCCGAAAGGCCUCGCUGCCGCCGUGCACCUGCGCGAACGUGUGUGUGUGUGUGAGGAGCCGAGAUGGAAGCGCGCACCUUGGUCGCAGUCUGCGUGUUGCUGCUCGUUGCGGGGGGCGUUCAGCCCGAGUCCAGCUGUAAACUCAAGGCCAAAUUCAACCUGAGCGGAUACAAAGACACGGAGAAGAAGAAGGUGAUCGUAGGGGGCAUGUUCCCCGUGCACUACCGCCUGGUGUCCUCCGACAGCAACACGUCCACCGUUCCCACGUCGUCGGCAUGCGAAGGGUUCAACUUUCGGACGUUCCGCUGGACGCAGACGAUGCUGUUCGCCAUCGACGAGAUCAACCGGAGCGACCGGCUGCUCCCUAACACGGACCUCGGCUACGUCAUCUACGACUCGUGCUUCACCAUCUCCAAGGCGGUGGAGGGAACGCUCACCUACCUGACGGGGCAGGACGAGGCCGUGCCCAACUACCGCUGCGGCACGGGGGCGCCGCUGGCUGCCCUGGUGGGCGCUGGGGGCUCCGACCUCUCCAUCGCCACCGCCCGGAUCCUGGGCCUCUACUACUUCCCUCAGGUUAGUUAUGAGUCUUCCUGCUCUGUGCUGGAGAGCCGCUUCCAGUUUCCCACUUUCCUGAGGACCAUCCCCAGUGACAUCCACCAGUCCAAGGCUAUGGCCCAGCUGGUGCUGCACUUCGGCUGGACCUGGGUGGGCACCAUCGCCGCGGAGGACGACUACGGUAAGUACGGCAUCAAAGCCUUCAAGGAUGAGGUGGAGGCAGCCGGCGUGUGCGUCUCCUUCUCCGAGACCCUGCCCAAGGUGCACUCGCCCCAGGCCAUCCUGCGCAUCGUGGAGACCAUCAAGGCGUCCACCGCCAAGAUCAUCGUGGUGUUCUCCUCGGACGUGGACCUGAGGCCACUGGCCUUGGAGCUGCAGAACCACAACAUCACCAACCGCACCUGGAUCGCCAGCGAGGCCUGGGUCACCUCCGCCCUCAUCGCGCUGCCCGAGCUCCAGCCGGUCCUUGGGGGCACGCUAGGCUUCGGCAUCCAGCGGGCCAAGAUCCCGGGUCUAAGGGAGCACCUCCUGAACAUCGACCCGUACGACAACCCGCUCACGGAAGAGUUCUGGGAGACGGCCUUCAACUGCACGCUUUACUACGGCCGAGCGCUGAGAAGCGCCGCAGGGAGCCUCUGGGUGUCCGGCAACGACUCGGCCCCCAGGGCCUCCCCCGUGGGUCCGGGGGGGAUGUGCACGGGCCGCGAGUCCGUCGAGAGCCUCAACAACACGUAUUCAGAUGUGUCGCAGCUGCGCUUCACCUACAGCGUCUACAAGGCUGUGUACGCGGUGGCCGAGGCCCUGCACCAGCUGGAGCACUGCAAGCCGGGCAAGGGGCCCUUUGUCAACAACAGCUGCGCAGACAUCACCAACUUCGAACCCUGGCAGCUCAUGUACUACCUGAAGAAUCUAAGGUUCAACGUGCCCCACACCGGAGAAUACAUCUUCUUCAACGACGGCGAGGUGAACGGCCUGUACGACAUCAUCAACUGGCAGAGGAACGCUGACGGCAGUGUCUCCUUCGUUCACGUCGGCAGCUACAACAGCACGGCGCCCCCCGAGGACAGGAUGACCAUCGACAACAAGUCUAUCACGUGGAACAGCCACCAUCAGGAGGCCCCGCGCUCCGUGUGCAGCGAGAGCUGUCAGCCCGGCACCAGGAAGGGAAUCCGCCAGGGGGAGCCUGUCUGCUGCUUCGACUGCAUCCCCUGCGCAGAUGGCGAGAUCUCCAACACCACAGACUCCAGGGAGUGCAUCCAGUGCAGCGAAGAUUACUGGUCCAACGCCAACCGCGACACCUGCGUGCCCAAGAUCAUCGAGUUCCUGGACUAUGGGGAGGCCCUGGGCAUCACGCUCAUCGCGAUCGCUGCUUUCGGGGCCCUGGUGACCAUCCUGGUGACCGUGGUCUUCCUCAUGCACGUAAACACUCCCCUGGGCAGAGUGAAUGACCCGGCGCUGAGUGUAGGGCUGCUCUUUUCCCUCAUGGUGACCUUCCUCAGCUCCGUGCUCUUCCUGGGCAAACCGCAGCCCUGGUCCUGCAUGGCCAGCCAGGUGGCGCUGGCUUUGGGCUUUGCACUCUGCCUGUCCUGCAUCAUGGCCAAGUCGGCACUGCUCAUGCUGCGAGCCCGAGCCCUCAAGUCCUCAAAGCCCUCAAAAUCCGCCAAGAGGGAGGGAGAGUCCGGCAAGGCUGCCGAGCCGAGCGCAACCGCCGACGCGGACGGGGACUCGCUGCGGCCCGGCCACCAGAGAGCGAUGGCCGUGGUCUUCACCCUUGUGCAGGUCGUGGCCUGCACAGUGUGGCUCGUGCUGAUGCCCCCACAGCCGGUGAAGAACACGGCCGCUCAGAACAUUAAGAUCAUCCUGGAGUGCAACCAGGGCUCCAUCGAGUUCAUCUGCGCCGUGUUCGGCUACGACAUCGCGCUGGCGCUGCUGGCCUUCGCCUUCGCCUUCUCGGCUCGCAAGCUGCAGGACCACUUCAGCGAGGCCAAGUGCAUCACCUUCGGCAUGCUCGUCUUCUUCAUCGUCUGGAUCUCCUUCGUGCCCGCCUACCUGAGCACACGCGGCAAGUUCAUGGUGGCCGUGCAGAUCUUCGCCAUCCUGGCGUCCAGCUUCGGCCUGCUGGCCUGCAUCUUCCUGCCCAAGUGCUACGUGUUGCUGCUGAAGCCCGAGAGGAACACAGAGGAGAUAGUAAGACCCCGAGCAAAGCCCCGCGACACCUCCGCCGCGGGCACUUCCGCGUCGCUUGCCAGCGAGGCCACCGCCACCACUGUUUCCACCGUGUCGGUGGACGAGUGAGAGAGAGCCCCCCACAGCCCACUGCCCUGUUGCUGCACAGCGGUGAGUCGGCGGCACUGAAUAGCCGAUAGCGUGUGCUCGUGAGACAACACGGCGCCAUUCGUCCUUCAUUUACUCUGCAUCUCCUAAGGGCUUUUUAAAUACUUAAUAAUACAGUAUGCGUAGGAUGGAGUGUAUGGCGUUAUUGAGACACACACAGAUUCCGUUUUAGACUACAGCGCGCUGAAUUCUCAAAUAAGGGACUUUCUACAACACGGAACACGGGCUUCUGCAUGCAACCCAUUUAUACUGCUUUUCAAUAGCAAAUAAGUGUCAAGAAUGAGCUCAACA